GGAGAAGGCUGAGCUGGGCUUGGAAAGCCAGAAAGGAGGUUUGAGGGUUCCAGCGGCCCUCUACCUGCUGAGGUCUUUAGCUGGCUUAACCCUCCCAGGUUGUCACAGGAGUCAGGCCACUAAACCGCAGCUGUCCCCUGGCGUAAGGGGAGGUGGACUGUAGAGCAGAGGAGAAGCCUGAGCCAGACAGAGAGCCUCCUUGCCCAGGUCAGGCAGGAGGUGAAGUGUGAGGGCUGGGAUCCUGGACGGGCUGAUCCGGAACCCUGUUCUCUGAUCUGCUAGACCGUGGCCCCAGGAGCCUGAUCCGAAGAAUCACCUGGCAUUCCCUGAGGGUACAGAUUUGUCCUGUGCUCUCGGAGCUCAGCGAGGACUGCCAUGGCCCUGCCCAUGACAACACAGCUGCUGCUCCUUCUGGUGUGGGUGGCUGCCUUGCGGGCAGCCCUGCCCAGGACUGACCUUCUCAAUGUCUGCAUGGACGCCAAGCAUCACAAACAAAAGCCAGGCCCGGAGGACACGCUGCACGAGCAGUGCAGUCCCUGGAAAGAGAAUUCCUGCUGCUUCCUCAACACCAGCCAGGAAGCCCAUAAGGACAUCUCCUACCUGUAUGGAUUCAACUGGGACCACUGCGGCACAAUGGAGGCCGUCUGCAAGCGCCACUUCAUCCAGGACACCUGUCUCUACGAGUGCUCCCCCAACCUGGGGCCCUGGAUCCAGCAGGUGGACCAGAGCUGGCGCAAAGAGCGGAUCCUGGAUGUGCCCCUGUGCAAAGAGGACUGUCAGCGCUGGUGGGAAGAUUGUCGCACCUCCUACACCUGCAAGACCAACUGGCACAAGGGCUGGAACUGGACCUCAGGGUUUAACCAGUGCCCAGUGGAAGCUGCCUGCCACCCCUUCGAUUUCUACUUCCCCACCCCUGAAGCUCUGUGUAAUGAAAUCUGGAGUCACUCCUACAAGGUCAGCAACUACAGCCGAGGGAGCGGCCGCUGCAUCCAGAUGUGGUUUGACCCGGCCCAGGGCAACCCCAAUGAGGAGGUGGCGAGGUUCUAUGCCGAGGCCAUGAAUAGGGCUGGGCUCGGUGGGGCCUGCUCUCUCCUGCUCUGCCUGGCCCUAACGCUGCUCUGGCUGCUCAGCUGAGCUCCUUUUACCUUCUGAUACCUAGACAUCCCUGCCUUGUCUAGCCCCACAGCUCCCAGCUAUUUGGUUUCUGCUCCAUGGUGGGGCCUCUGACCGACAGUUUGAAUAAACCAGACA